GCUUCAGUUUACCUAGUCACGCAAAGAUAGACCCUGAAAAUAUCGCAACUUCCUUUUCCGGUUUGUCAAUAGUUAUGAACCAUGAGUGACAACACAGCAACAAUUCGCACCAGAAAAUUUAUGACCAAUCGUCUGCUAUGUCGGAAGCAGAUGGUUGUAGAUUGUCUCCAUCCCGGCAAAGCCACACUGGCUAAAACAGAGGUGCGAGAAAAGCUUGCACGCAUGUACAAAACCACACCUGAUGUCAUCUUCUGCUUCGGCUUCAAAACACAGUUUGGUGGUGGCAAAACCUCGGGCUUCGCCCUGAUAUAUGACAGCUUGGACUUUGCGAAAAAAUUUGAACCAAAAUACAGACUGGCCAGACAUGGAUUACUGGAAAUAAAGAGAACUGGUAGAAAACAGAGAAAAGAAAAGAAAAACAGAAUGAAGAAAGUCCGAGGCACAAAGAAAGCAAAAGUUGGAACUGGCAAGAAGAAGUAAAUUCUUCAGUAAACAUCUGGAAUGUGCACAUGCUGACAUGGACGUCUGUGUGUUUUACAUGUACAUAUUCGUGUCAUAAAGAGAAAAAUCUGAA